GCUCUUUCUCUGUCUCUCGCUCUUUCUGUCUGCGUUUCUGGAACUGUUUUACUUUUCCUUACUUGUCUUCACUCGCAGCUCAUUGAAUUCAUCAUUGGGCAUUGGUUGGUGAGUGUUGACAUUAACAUUUGCCAACGUUGUAUGCUUCUAACUUCAUUGAUUGGAUUAAGGGCCAAAGUUUCCGACUUUGCAUUAUGGUAGUGGUAGUUGCACUCGCAUUGGUUCUGGGUCUCUUCCUCGCCCUUCUUCUUUUCAACCCACGACACCGCAAAUCAGGGAAUAAUGGAAAAGCUCAAGCCAGUGUAAACAAUGAUAAGGCAUCGAAAUCCUACAGUAAAACGGAAGUUUCAUUGCAUAACAAGAGAACAGAUUGUUGGAUAAUCAUCAAGAACAGGGUAUAUGAUGUUACCUCAUAUGUGGAAGAACAUCCAGGCGGUGAUGCCAUUCUAGCACAUGCUGGAGAUGAUUCAACUGAAGGGUUUUUUGGACCACAGCAUGCAACUCGAGUCUUUGACAUGAUUGAAGACUUCUACAUUGGAGAUUUGGAGCAAUAGCUAAGUCAGUAGGUCCUAGAUUGUAACGUUCAGAGAGAUGUUUGAUUUGAAAAUGUUAACAUUCUGCUGUUUUCUGUCUCCCCAAUUUUUUACUCCGUGUCUGAUCAUUUGCCUUCAUUAGACAGUAAUUCAGGUGUUACUGUUCGAAUUGAUCCAUUGCAUGAUUUUGAUGUAAUUGUGCAUGAAAUCAUUUGUGCUCUCAUGUGGAUGUGCCCAGAAAGAGUUAAACAAUGAGGCUCCCCCCAUUUGUCUCUAGCAAUUCUUUUUUGGCUGAUUUGCUUUA